AGCGCUCGGAGCACGUUCAGUCGUUUUCCCUCGCAAAUUUUUUUGUACUCAAAUUAGCACGGUUAGCCGCCAGUACGACAGUGAAAAGAUAGUGUCACCGUUUCGUUAAACUGUACUUCACCAUUCGGCAUUAAUUUUGGAUGUGAAAAGUUUUUUAUCAGCAACAAAAAAGCGAUUGCCGGUUUCGCGGUCAGUGUUCUGAAGUGCUCAAGUGAACAGUACAGUCAGGGUCGCCAUUUUGAAAUCGACAUCCAUUGUCUCCCGGUAAAAUUAAUGUCGGGUUGUUGACAGAACAGGUUCUCAUUACGACAGAUCAUUUUGGCGGACAUGUGAAUUCUUGAGUGAACAGGGACGAACACGGAAAUUGUACAAUUUUUGAGUGAAGUGAGGUCGAUGAACAAAGGCACUCACCAAUACCAACGGAAAAGUUCAUUUUGCAGAGAACCAACCAGAAACGAGUAUUUUGAAUUUUUAGUUCGACUGCGGUUUUGUGUUGCGCGACACCAACACUUUGAAGGCGCCGGUUGCUGAGUUCUGGGGACGAUAAACUUUCGUUGAAAUUGUAUUUCCCUCCAUUCCUGGAGUUUAGUCGAGUACGAGAGUGGUUCGUAUGAAGAGUGUAGUGCGCGUGAAAGGUAAACCGAACGUUUUGUUGCUGCGGUGUGUCCCUGCUAUUACUGUGGCUGCCUAUCCCUGCUAGACGUACGACGGCUGUGCGAAACGAAGAGACAGAAAAGAAGGAUAAUCUUCCGAUGUGAUAUAGUAGUGCGUUCUCUUUUCGUUUCACUUCCCGCCAUCGAAGAACGGCCUGCCGUGUUUUGCUACGACACUUGUGUCCGACCACCGCAUCCUCAGCUCUCCGGAAACCCCUUUUUACGGGAGAGAAGAGUGUUACUAGGCAACCGCAGUACCCCUCGUCCGUCUUGCUGUGCAUUUCUUCUUCCGGGAAACGUGGACUGAUUUGCUGUGUUGUGUUUUGACCGGAUUUGCAAAAGUGGAGAAGAUAAGGGAAAAAUAUGAGCUAAUGAGCGGCAGAGGGAAAAUCGAAAUAAACGUGCGACCAUAAAUCAAAUAUAUUUAUCUACCCUUGAGGAAGUGUAUGAGCCGUCUUGAUCCUGUCUGUUAAAAUGUUCGAGUUGGAAGAAAUGAGCAACGGGUUUCACGAUGUGUUACUUAACAAAUACAACGAUGCGGCCCCCAUCAUGGAUCUGUACGUGUCGGACUCGAUGCAGGACAUGCUGGACAUCGACAUCAAAUCCGAAGUCGCCACGGUGGUAGGCGGUGUCAACGAGUUCAGCUCACUGAUGAACUUUGAUCUACCCUCACUGGAGCUGGACAGUAACUCGAAUGACGCGGAAAGUGGUUGGUGCGGUGGUAUUCCCACCAAAUGGUCCAGCACCGACAUCUACGCCGAUGUGGGAGCCUGCGUUAAUCCGAACUCGGUAAUGCCGGUCAUUUCGUCGGUACAGUCUCUGCUCAAAAGUCCGAAGCAGAAUGUGAAUCUGAACACGACGGUCAGAGCGGUGAACGAUCCGACUUUGCCCAGUCCGAAGGAAAGGAAGAGUCAUUUGACUUUUUCGCCCAAUACGAUUAAGGUACCGGUGGUGGUACCGGAAGCGAAGAAAACGAUGAUUUCCGGACUGACCCAGAUUCAUCGAAUAAGUAACGUCGAUACUGUCAAGAAGGAUCUCUCUAAUCACAUGGCGAAGGACGAGGGAAAUAAGAUUGUCGUGAGAAAUCAUCAGCCGCCCAGUGGAGGAGCGAUUCCAAGUUCCGGGCUUGGAGUAGGAUUGGGCAAGGGUAAUACCAUCAAACUGGCUGCCGGGAUAGGCGGAUUAACAUUUGCCAACGGAGUUCAGUUCAAAAAUCUUAAAAACGUCCAAAAGAUCUCAUCGAUUGGAAUGGUAAAUGGAUUGAAACGAGAAUCGAGUCCGGCAAGAACCAUAAACGGUACAACUACCAUUCCUCAAGGCCAGACUCAACUAAUUAGCAUCAAUGGAACUACACAGAAAAUCGUGAAUCGAAGCAUAAUUGUUCCGAAUGGGGGUAAACCCGCCAACAUGAUGCAGUUGACCAAUGGGGUCGUACCUGUUACGGCUACGACUCAAAAGGCAAAACCCAAGCCACCGCCAGAAGGCGCCUUCCCUAAGCCAGCGUACUCCUACUCCUGUCUGAUCGCGAUGUCUCUAAAAAACUCCCGGGCAGGAUCGUUACCGGUUUCGGAGAUCUACAGUUUCAUGUGCGAGCACUUCCCGUACUUUAAGACCGCUCCGAACGGUUGGAAGAACUCGGUUCGACACAACCUCUCGCUGAACAAGUGUUUCGAGAAGAUCGAAAAACCGGUAACGAACGGUGGCCAGCGAAAGGGUUGCCUUUGGGCGAUGAAUCCCGCCAAGAUUACCAAAAUGGACGAAGAAGUACAGAAGUGGUCCCGCAAGGAUCCCAUGGCCAUCCGAAGAGCGAUGGUUCAUCCGGAGAAUCUGGUCCUGUUGGAGCGGGGCGAAAUGAAGCACGGAUCUACCGGUGACAGUGACGAGGGCGAGAACGACGAUGCGGAUACCGAGGACCAGUCCGACAUCGAGGAGGAAGAGGAAGUCGAGGGCGAGGAGGAGGUCGAGAUCGAUCAGGAAGCGGAGGCGGAUAGUUUCAUCAUCAAUACGCCCGAAUCGAUGCCCGAUCCGGAGCAGGAGGAGGUCGAUAUUGAUUUUGAUUUGGAGGUACCGGAAUUCUACGACGACAUCAAUGUCGACUCGAAGGAAGGUUUCACCCUGGAGUUCGUACAGAAAGAUCUGCUCACGCUCGAGGACGAGGAUGAAUCGGUAUACAUUUCCGCUCACCAGAAUAACAACCAGCAGCGACCGCAGCUUUCCUUCCAACAGCUGGAACCGGCAGCCAAGCGGGCCAGGCUCGAUGUCAAUUACUCCAUCUCACCUGCCUCUGCACUUGCUGGCACCGGAACAACGCACAACAACCGAACCGGGUUUGUUUCAUCGACGGCAGCGACAACGACGUCCACUACAAUAAAUCAGAUCCAGUUGAAUGGACAGCAGUUUCAGUUCACUACCAGCGGGCAGCACUUUCAGCAGAUUCACCAGCAACAGCAUCACAACCGGCGGAAGACUCCGUUAGUCACGCGAAUAGCCUAAGCACCGUGCGGAUAAGGUCAACCCCCGGAGAAUACCGCCUAUUCUGCGAUGAUCCCCCAUUUACUCCCGCUUUUGUAGUUAUUAUUUUUAUAUUUUAGAACAAGUAUUCUAGAAAGUUACACGCGUGGUGUGUCCUCAUAGUGAGUGACACUUUAGAGCGACGGUUACAGUUUGUAAGGUAAAAUGCAUCGGAAAUACAAAGCUAAUUAAAACCCAAUGCAUGGGAUUGUCCACGUUUUGUAGCACAAAACACUGAAAACGCAUAUUAACAAUAUUGAGAGAUCUCAUUUCUUGUUUUGUGGGACAUAACACUGCCCGGCGGCGGGGUACCCCCUUUCAGUCCGAAGUUUGAUCAGUUACAGCAGCACAGGAACGAUGUGAGAAUCUUUGAAAGUAGCCUAGAUUAUCUUUCAAUAAUGUGAUACACAACUGAUUGUGGAA